AGUAGUAGGUUUUAGGAAAUUGGCGCAAAAUUGAAACAAUUGCAUCAUCUUUAGGAGAUGAAUAGGUUGACUACAAUUCUGACUUUGAAAGGGGCACAAUGUGAAGCCGACUUACAAAUUGUAGGAGGCAAUGCAUGGUGUUAUCUUUGAUUUCGGAAAGUCAGAAGGAGAACCAUCUAACUCUAUGAGGCGAGGAUUGUUGGUUAGAUUCAACCCCAAAAGAUUGUUAGUUCACAGCUAAAAGUAUCAACUUCUGUUCUAUACAAUCUUGGUCACAUACCAAUUCUCAUUGCUUGAAAUAAACCACAACACAUUUCCUUUUGAAUUCAACUCUCAAUCCUCUUUCUUCUCCAUCACCUUCUCCUUGCCCCCUUUUCAUCUUCUCGGCACGCAUGCUCACUCUCCGGCUGUCCCCGGCCUCUGCCUCUCCGCUCCCGAGGAUCUGCUCGGGGCGGAGGAGGUCGACGAUAUCCUGCGAGGUCGCGCUCAAAUCAGAGCACAAGCCGUCCUCGGUCUCCUUCAAGAACGAUGUCGCCCCGUCGCCGGACCCUGCGAGGAUCGGGUCGAGGGUCAGGGUGAAGGCGCCGGUGAGGGUGUACCACGUGCCGCGGGUAGCGGAGCUGGAGCUGAGCGGAAUGGAAGGUGAGGUGAAGCAGAACCUGAUGUUCUGGAGGGGCAAGAGCCUGACCGCAAAUCGUCCCUUCAAGGUGGAGUUUGUGAGGGAUGUGGAGGGCCGGGGGCUCGUCAAGUUCGUGGCGCACCUCGAGGAGGAUGAAUUCGAGUUUGUUUGAUUGAUUCGUGCUAAAAGUUGCCGAUUGCAACUGCUGUAAAAAACAAUAAACUAUUGCUUGAAGCUUAUUCUAUUGCAUAAGACUACAUAAUUUACGUUGCUUUGGUGUACCAAAA